AUGGACAAAACUCAAACUCAGCUGGUCGUCUUAUUGGCAGCUAUCACUGCCGGUUCGGUUGUGACUUUCGAGUACCUACGGUGGUCUGAUUCACGGCUGAAGACUCAACCAGUGUCUUUAGUUGCACAGACUACACCCGAGACUCCUCAAGUUACGAUUCAUCCUGGAAAGAAAGAGGAGAGUGCUCGGCAGUCUCAGGUCGAUACCUCCAAUAAUCAGUCUGUUGUGAAAACCACAGUAGAGACUCACCCCGAAAAACCCGAAGAGGGUGGUCAGGAGUCACAGAACGAUGUUUCCGCGAACCCGCCUGCCGCCGAGACCACAACACAGCAUCCUGGGGUUCCAUGCCAUUGCGAUCCGUGCAAAGAGCACAGCCAAAGGUCUCAAAUGGACACCUCCGCAAAUCGGCCUGCCAUGGUUUCUAGAGAUAAGGAAAACCGAACUACACUCGAUGUCCAUCUCAUCCAGUCGAGAUUUAACUUCCAGUGCUCCUGUGACUUGCACGCAAAGCAGCUUUACUUCAACUGGCCUUGGACAUGCAAUUCCAAGCACAACGAGGACGACAUCAUCCUUCAACCCAAUUCACGACCUACCCUAAUCCAAGAUCACGAAGAUGGUAUUUACGAACCCCUGUUACUGGCACACCGCACCAUCGAGUACUUCUCUCGCCCCGAAUCUGCCAUGGACUCCAGCCAAACCGCGGCCCUUGCCCAAUGGCGCAAAAGCCACGAACGCACCCGCGUCCUCGAAAUGCUAGCCCAGCACGACAUCCGCAACAAAGACACGCAGUUCUUAACAGAUUGGGUCGUCUCGCAGCUCAACGAAAUCUUCUUCUUCGGCGCAAUCAAGAGCCUCGAAACAGUCUGGAACACCAAUGAGCUGGACAGCGAACACGGCAUACUAGGAGACGCAAUUACAAAACUCAAAGACGGAAACAACCACUCGUUCAUUCGCCUCCACCCAACACGUCGCUGCUACACACAAUCAGAGUACAAGCGUACAGGCAAGACCCUCGCAGAAGAACGCAUGGGAUGCAUUCUACACGAGAUGCUACAUAUCUUCCUGGAUCAACAUAUGUGUGAACUAUGUGGUACGCCCGAAAAUAGGUCUUCUCAUGGAAGGGCGUGGCAGCGGAUUGCAAGGAAGAUUGAGGAGCAGAGCUUGCGUCUGUUGGGUAUCGAGGCGGAUGUGAAUCGACUGUCUAGCUUUAUGAAUGAUUGGCAGGACUACGAUACUAGGGAGAAUGUUAGUAUUUGCGAUUUGCAGGAUUGGGGCUUUUGGGAGAGGCCUGAAUAUGACGUGUAG